AACAGACUUACUAUGACUCAUGACUGUCACUGCCCAGUGACGCUCUGCAAUUCGCCACCACCAGCAUGGGCAGACAAACCAAUGGGACGGUCACCAUCAGUGACGUCCCGCACAACAUUAGUACCAAAGUCAAUUUCACGAAGGGUAACACUCGUUAUUAUGCUCCAGACUCCCAGCUCUCUGCCUGGUCGACCAAUAGACCAUCGACUCAUUCUGAGCCGUCCUCCGCUCAUAGAUGCGAAAUCUCUGUCCUAGAGAUGACGACUCUCCAAGGCGGGGAGUGGCUGCGUCAUGAGCUAUCGAACUCAAGUUCAGGGAGUGGGAAAAUUGGGUUGCUGAACUUUGGAGAUGCAACUUCUCCAGGAGAAGGAUUCUUGAUUGGUCUUCCAACCCAAGAAGAAUCCAUCGCUCGUUCAUCUAUGCUUUACCCUUCUCUCAUGACAGAUACUGCUCAGCAGUUCUACAAUCUUCAUCGCCGCGACAAGAAAGGCGGCUCUUAUCACCAUGCAUUCGUCUACACCCCUGCGGCUCUGGUGUUGCGAAACGAUGCAGGGGAUUGGAUAGCGCCGCAUGAUGCUGAUAUAGUCACGAGUGCUGCAGUGAAUGCCGGUUCUGUCCGCAGACGGAACGGCAGACGGGUUUCGCGCCUGCAAGAAAGGAUGGCGCGUAUCCUCUUCUUAUUCGAGCAGCACGAAUGUGGAAAUGUCGUCUUGGGAAGCUUUGGAACGGGAGUCUUCAGAAACAAGGUCGACAUGGUAGCGAGGCUGUGGAGGGAGCUGUUAGUCGGGGAUGCUGCUCGAUUCAACGCUUCCUUCGAUCGAUUGGUGUUCGGUAUCGUUGGAAAGGAGACCCUGAUGACAUUCAAGGAUAUGUUUACUCAGUAG